AUGCGCCAGUUGAAGUAUCACGAGGAGAAGCUUCUCAAGAAAGUCAACUUCUUUCAGUGGAAGAGCGACAAGAAUGUUCGAGAGAUCCAGAUCCUGCGAAGAUAUCGUGUACAGAAUAGAGACGAUUAUCACAAGUACAACAAGAUUGCGGGGUUGAUCACGAAGCUGACCUCGAAACUGAAAGAGCUCCGGCAAGAUGACCCAACUAGAGUGAAGACUACCGAACUUCUGAUCGACAAACUUUACAACAUGGGGCUGAUCUCGACUAAGAAGAGUCUCCUUCAGUGCGAGAAGAUUCCUACUUCAGCUUUCUGCCGAAGGAGGCUGCCAGUGGUGCUGGUCCGGCUCAAGUUCUGUGAGAAUCUCAAAGAGGCGGUCACGUUCGUGGAGCAGGGGCACAUUAGGAUAGGGCCCGAGGUUGUCACGGAUCCAGCCUUCCAUGUCACGCGAUCGAUGGAGGACUUCAUCACUUGGGUUGACUCCUCCAAGAUCCGCAGGAAGGUGAUGAAGUACAACGACGCAGUCGACGACUUCGACCUGCUGCAAGCUUGA